AUGGUUUCCAUCCAGAGAAUCGUCAUCUCUUUCUUGCUCAUCCUCUCGGUUGCUUUUGUCUUCUUUGCGCAGACGUCCGAGGCAACCAAGGGCCCUAAGAUCACGCACAAGGUGUACUUUGACAUUACCCAUGGCGAUGAGGAGCUCGGUCGCAUUGUCAUCGGUCUGUAUGGCAAGACUGUGCCCAAGACCGCUGAGAACUUCCGUGCUCUUGCUACUGGCGAGAAGGGUUUCGGAUACGAGGGCUCUACCUUCCACCGUGUGAUCAAGCAGUUCAUGAUCCAAGGAGGUGACUUCACAAAGGGCGACGGAACUGGCGGCAAAUCCAUCUACGGCGCCAAGUUCCCCGACGAGAACUUCAAGCUCAAGCACACCCGCAAGGGCCUCCUCAGCAUGGCCAACAGCGGAAAGGAUACCAACGGAUCUCAGUUCUUCAUCACCACCGUCAUCACCAGCUGGCUCGACGGGCGCCACGUCGUCUUCGGCGAGGUGCUCGAGGGAUACGAGAUCGUAGACAAGAUCGAGAACGUGCCCAAGGGUGCUGGUGACAAGCCAGUCAAGACGAUCAAGAUCGCCAAGAGCGGAGAGCUCGAGGUGCCAGAGGAAGAUACAUACGGCGUAGCGGAACCCAUGCAUGCCGGCGACAAUCUCGACAUUACUGCUACUGCUUCGUCUCAGUCCGCAAAGGGUAGCGAAGUCGCUCACAUUCCGGCCGCAAAGGGAGAGUCGCCCAAGUCCAAGAUCCCGGGUCUGGCCGCUUCUUCCCCCACCGAGGGCUUGUCUGUGGGACAAAAGCUCAUGUUUCUUGGUGGUAUCGUUGCUGUCUGCGCUCUGUUUCUGCGUUCAAGGGGCGGUAAAAGCAAUACGGCGACGACGGGUAGCUUCAAGGAGAAGAGCAUGGCCUAG